GGGAUAGUUGUUGAUGUGGUGCCAUUCAUUGAUGAGAAUAUAGGGAGUGUUGCUUUGUUGAUGUGGUGCCAUUCAUUGUUGAUGAGAAUAUAGGGAGUGUUGCUUUGCUCCUGGGUAUUGUGGACGGCCUGAUGCUUUGUUGUAGAAGUUUUGUUUUUUCCUUUGGUGUCAUAGUAAGAAGAGCACGUAGUAGGAUGUCCCCGGAGUGAGCAUGUUGCGACUUGUCACCUUGGCAUGUAUCUAGUUCAUCAUCCUUUUCUUAACCGAAGGAGGUAAGUGUCAAGGCUUCUAUCAUUGUCAAGAAGCCAUUGGUGGUGGAGAAUCUUGGUUGUGGGGGUUCUUCGUCUAAUGCCCGUAAAACAAGUAAUUUGUCGGGUCUGGAGCUCAUGUGUGCUGCAUCAAUUCCACAGUGUUGUAUUUGCUCUAGGGAUGGUAUGAGCACACCAUACAGAGGCAGGAGUCUGCACAUCUAACUGUGGAAAUGUUUUGGUGAAUAAAGCACUGUCUCGUUGAAAGAACCCUCGUCAGGUUUUUCGCCAAGCCGUCAAGUGUAUGUACUGCAGUUCUUCGCAGAUGUUGAGCAAAAUAUCAUAGGUCGCAAAAUCAGUUGCCUCGAAAUGGCUUAUGUCACAAUGUUUGGUGUGAAGAAGAUCUAGGAUGCCUGGGAUAACACGUAAGUUGUUGCACCUCCACGUAGCACGUGAGCCUGGGGAAGGUGGUUGGUUGGCGCGGGGAAGGAGAGUUCUGCAAAUCUAAAACAAAUGAUAACAGACUAUAGGACUAAGCAGGUGCAAUAUGGAACUCUUGUCAAGUGGAGUGUUGCGCUUUCCUAGCUGCCAAUUGAUGGAUAACUUGCCUAGGUCCACUUGAGUCGUGUUAUCCACCAGUGUUUGAAAGGAAGAUGAUACUCUGAAUUCCACGACGUGUAGAAUUUGCUUAGUGUCUUUACUGGGUGAUUGCCUCACUUCAUUGUCCAUCAGCAAGAUGGUGUGUGUUUGUUGACGGUGACCUUCCAGUUUUAAUGACGCCGUUUGCUUCUAGCAUUCCGCAAGCUAGGAUAAAAUUGACGGUGGUGAUUGUUGGCGAUGAAAUUCUUCUAGAUUGAUGAGUUGCAGCACCGUCUCUAGAUGUAGUUUGGCGACUCGCUUCUUUGCCAUAUCGGAGCUCUCGGGUGGAGUAAUGAACUCGUCCUCAUCCACUCAAUGUGCCCUUUGAGCCUAUUGGGCUGAAUGGUCUUCACUUGUUCGCAUAUGAUUCAGUGUCUCCCAUACUGCCUGGCUGAUGCAAUCUAUGUUUGUCUCGUCCAACCAACGUCCUCAGUCCUUGACAUUCUUUCAAAAUCACAUAAUUCACCUUUCACAAGUACCCGGCGUCUCCAACAAAGACUUUGCCAGACGCUAAUCCCGUCGAGGUGAGAUAGUCAUGCUCAUGGUAAACCUUCUUGGGGAAGAGUUGUGGACAAGAACUCACACAAGGUGGUCGUGAGACUUGGUCAAGUUCAUUGGACCUAACACAUGCGGCCCUAGCCGCGCCGCUAACAACCCUAAACGUGACGCUGACAACCUAUGGACGCGACGCGGGGUCCCAUUGAUAUCCUCAACCUCAUGCAGGUAACCACUUAGAUGGACUCCCAAAUACCAACUGUGGCAGGUUUUAAUUUCUUGUUUCAUAAUGGAAUAACAUCAGAGAUUAGUCGUGCCCUCCGCCUAAGGGGGAGGAUCACCCCAUAUGAUAGGUGGAAACAGGAAAACGGCCAAGCCUAAUUCUUAUCCCUACAAUUGGUGGCUGAGGAAUGAUGUCAUUCGAUAAAAAGCACUGUGAGGUUUUGUAUACAUGGCAAGCAUGAUUCGUGAUAACAGUCACUCCGACUGUCAUUGAAAUGUGUUCGUUUCAAAUCGUUCUGCGCCUUCAGCAUUCAUAAUUACCGCAGUCAUCUCAACACUUCAUGAAUGCAUGCCGACCUUGAGUUCUCUUAUUCGAAGACCGGAAUUACAACAGCAUUCCAGUCCACGAAUUUUCAUUUGGAUUGCACAUUGGAUCAGGUCUUGAAUUUGUUCCUUGCAAGGAGAAACAGACGGGGCAGGCAGUAUUAUUGAAUAUCACAUCAAAAGAGUGCAAUUUCCAGUUGUGCUGAUCGCAAGUGCCACGUUCCUAUGAAGAUGUGGUAAAGGAUCCUCACAGGGUUUUUUGAAGUUGCGAAUGACUUUUUAGUAAUCACCUAAAAAAUUCGUAGAGUCUAGAUUAACAGCUCUUUGACAUCAUUUCUACCACAGGAACUGUAGUCUCCUUGGAAUUUCAAGAACAAGGUAUUGAGUUCUGCAGUAAAGAUAAGGUUGGUUGAAUUCUUCCAUAGAAGUGCGUACCAUGCAGAUUGUUGGCUGGGAAUGCUUAACAUUUUCAUUGAAUUCAAUCAGAGUAGCUCGAAAUUGCGCUGAGAUCGAUAGCAAGUCUCUUCAACUUAGAGAUCUCACGUCUGGAAACCUAAAUUAGUUGUUAAUGAGUAAUUGGGUCAUCCUUCACAUCAACCAUGAUCAUGUAACUGCCAUUUGCACCCUUUUGAUUGCACCUAUUCGUCUCCCAUCUGCCUCUCUCUCAUCUAAGAGUGCGACCUUUCGCCAUCCCUUUCGACGCGCCUGCAUCACUCUCCUAAAAAAUUCUUUCUCUAUCAACGCCGCAUCGACAGUUGCGAAUCGCUACGCAAGGCCACCGAGCGAAAGUGAGCGCAAACGGUCUCUCGAUUGAGUGAUGUCAAUGUUUCGGACAUUAUUACCGUUGGCUGAAUUAAGCACGAGAAGUCGAUGAAGACGAAUCCCCAUGGUGCCAGUCGCAAUGCAGACACAGUCGUUCCGGCGCCGACUUGGCACACCUGAAAUUUGCGUUGCACGAGGAGCAAGGAAGAAGUGCAGGGCCAGACCGGCUAGAAAUCGAAAGAGGAGGAAUGCUUCACAGAUUCUCGAAUGCUUUAGAAAUGCUCCAGGAAUGACAACAGGCAUUUGCUAAGCGCAAUAAAAUAAAAAUAAAAAUUGACCACAGGAUAAUAAAGCUGAGAUGGUGCUAGCAUCACCACUUCAAGCAUUUCCCUACACAAUGUGAGGCGCUUGAGUAUGGAAACAAUCCUUCACUCUUGUGGCACUGACAUGAAGGAAACGUAGAACAUGGAAGCGUGUUCAUCUAUUGCGGUGUAACAACAUGAGUAGUACAUCGCAAGGAUUGUGUCUUGAAGAUAGCGGCCAUGAACGAACAUCACUUGAGCAAGUGGCAGCUAUCGCAGUCGCAGACGAGGGACUAGGAGAAGGCUAUGCAGCCGCGGCAGCGACCACGCAGAUGGAAUCUGAGCAGGGAGACUCGUCCAUACAACUCGAUGGAGAGCUGUGGGGAUCGCUUCCCGAGGACUUGCAGGACCGGAUUCUGGCUUGGCUGCCAUUCACCGCUUUUGCACGAGCUAGCACCGUCUGUAAACGGUGGAACUCUGUUAUGUACUCCCAUAGUUUCCUGGAAAUGUAUCAGCGAGUGCCAUCACCAGAGCCAUGUUUCUUGAUGUUUGAGGCCAAGGAUCGCAGUAUGUGCUCUGUGUAUAACCCUGCGUCCAAUCGCUGGCACCGGAUUCCCUUCACCUUUUUUCACUAUGAGACUAAGUUCCCUUGCGCCGCUGCCGGGGGUCUGCUUUGUUUUUGUGGCGUGAGUGCCUACCCCAGCUUGUCGGUGUGCAACCCCUUGACUCGCAGAUGGCGAGAGCUGCCCCCCAUGUUGCACAAGCGGUUCCCGAAUCUCGUCGGUAUGGUGGUCGAACCACAGACACGAGCAUACAAGAUCGUGGUGGCUGGGGACUACUACGAGGACAACGUGAGGACGGAGGUUUACGACUCCACGUCGAACACCUGGCGCAUAACAGGGAACCACUUGCCAAUAGCAAACUACACCCUCCGCAACGCAUUCUGCAACGGCUUCCACUUCUGGGUCACCCGUGACCCAUACGGAGUCAUCGCGUUCAACAUGCAACACGGAGUCUGGAGUGUGGUCAGGGCUCCCAUGCCAUCCUUUCUCACUUCACCGCACCUGGUGGGAUGCCAGCGGCGUCUGCUCAUGGUCGGAGGGCUGAAGAAACGCACCUCCCCGAAGAAUAUCCGGAUCUGGGAGCUGGAGCAGAGCACCAUGAUGUGGGUGGAAGUAGUGCGGAUGCCGCACACGUUGUGCAAGCACUUCCUCAAGGACUCACGCAACGGGGACUUCAUGUGCGUGGGCCACAACAACCUGAUCUGCAUCACCAGCUACAAGUGCCCGCUUGCUCUGAUCUACGACUUCUCCAAGCGGUCCUGGCGAUGGGUACCCAGCUGCCCUUUACUCACAGACAUCGAAGACUACAGGUCCACAAUUGGGUUCCCGUUCAGUCCUCGGCUCGAUGCUGCGGUUUAAUCCGGCGCCACUCCGGUCAAUUUGUAUAGAUUCUGCAACAGCACUUGCUCGGUGCCUGACACACCGACACCGCACCGCAUCUCCGUGUCCACUCGGCUACCCUUCACCACCAUCAACACCAAAUCAAACCAAAUUCUCCUGUUGGAACACACGAUUCUUUUUCUUUCGAAGUGUCAGAUUGGGUGCUCUUUGCUGGUUCUACUCGCCGCUGUGUGGUGCAACUUUGCAGUCCCUGGUUCAUUGAAUGCUUCGACAUAACUUGCUUAUGCUUCAUACUGAUCUAAUCCAGUUGUGUCUGAGAGAACAAGUUUCUUGGCUUCUUAACAAAACAAAGCCUGGCUUGCUCUGUGAAUAAAGUGAUAGAAGAUGAGAUUGUUUGAUGUUCGGCUCAAGCAGUUUCUGUGUUUGUGAUGAGAGGUCAAUUGUGGGUCAAAAUCAACGAUUUGUUUUUGUGGCGAGGUAUGUUUGAUUGUUAUUAUAACGUAUUUGAGUCUACUUUGGAUGGGA